AUGGUGGAUCAAAAACUACGAAGUUGGUGCGACUAUAUGAUUUGGCUUGAUAGAAUGGAUAAAUAUCCUCAAUGUUUGGAAUUUUUUACGACUACCACUGGAGAUUUGAUUACUGCUGCACCACCUAUAUGCCAAGAUGCAAAGCCUGGUCAUUGUCCGACACCUCUGAGCAUUUCUGAUCAGGAACGUGCUUAUACUGGUUGUUUGCUCGGUAGCUCACGUUCUGGAUUUCAGAAGUGUUGCAUGGAACCAAAUUCAAAUUCUUUUUCUAGAAGUAUUCGAAUUUGUCGUAAUCCAGUGAAUAUAUCAAUGGUGAUUUUGAAUAGAUUUUUCCAUAUUUUUAAUUUAAAUUCGUUUAUGUUCAGAACGAGUUUCCGCAUUAUGAAUGCAACAAGUUGUACGGCGGCAAUAAAUCGUGUCGAUUCCUCUUUAAUGCAUGCAGACGCUUGCAGUAUGGAUUCUGACUUUCUUACUCGAACAAAUGGCGAUCAACCUUUUUGUUGCAUUACUAAUUGUGGCUAUAAAAUUUGCGUCAAAUGA